GGGCAAGUAAUUGUGCCUGAAGAGGAGUGGGAAGAAUUUAUCAGCCUAUUGAGGAAGCCUUUACCAGCUGCAUUUAGAAUUAACGCCAGUGGCCAAUUCUUCAAGGAUAUACGGUUGCAGUUGGAAAAUGAGUUCAUGAAGUCUCUGGAUACUGAGACUAGUAAUGACUAUGAAAUUGAAGCUAUUAGACCUUUGCCUUGGUAUCCUGAUAAGCUUGCGUGGCAUUUGAAUUUUUCUCGUAUGCAGCUAAGGAAGAAUCAAAUACUUGAGAGGUUUCAUGAGUUUUUAAAACAAGAGAAUGAGGUUGGCACCAUCACGAGGCAAGAGGCUGUAAGCAUGGUACCACCUCUGUUCCUGGAUGUACUCCCUGAUCACUAUAUACUUGACAUGUGUGCAGCCCCAGGAUCAAAAACAUUUCAGUUGCUUGAAAUAAUACAUCAGUCUAUUAAGCCUGGUUCACUCCCUCAUGGACUUGUCAUUGCCAAUGAUGUUGAUGUUCAAAGAUGCAACCUUCUUAUCCAUCAGACUAAAAGGAUGUGCAGUGCUAACUUGAUAGUUACAAAUCAUGAAGCUCAAUUCUUUCCUAGUUGUUUGCUACAAGGGGAAUUGAAGAAAGAUAUUUUGCAAUUUGAUCGUGUUUUAUGUGAUGUUCCCUGCAGUGGUGAUGGUACUCUGCGGAAGGCCCCUGAUAUCUGGCGAAAAUGGAAUGCAGGAAUGGGUAAUGGACUUCACCGCCUUCAAGUGGAAAUUGCUAUGCGUGGUGUUACCUUACUCAAGGUGGGAGGAAGAAUGGUUUAUUCGACCUGCUCAAUGAAUCCAGUUGAAAAUGAGGCUGUUGUAGCUGAGAUUCUUCGAAGAAAUAAAGGAUCAGUUGAGCUUCUUGAUGUUUCCCAUGAGUUACCAGGAUUGGUUCGUCGACCUGGUCUUAAAACAUGGAAGGUUCGGGAUAAGGGACUUUGGCUAGCAGCUUAUGAAGAUGUUCCCAUCUCUAGGAGAGGAGUGAUCUUUCCAAGUAUGUUUCCUUCUGAUCAAAGCUGCCUGAAGAAGUUUCAGUGUGAUAGUCAGGAUGUGAUGGAUAGCUCAGCAGUAGAAAAUAAAUGCAGUUUUGAGUUGAAAGAUCAUCUUGUAAAUAUCAUAGAUCCUGAUAACGAAUUGAAAAAAAUUAAAAAUAAUGCCACUCUGGUUGAUGUAAGCAAAGAUGCUAUUAAACGAGAGGAUGAUAAAGGAGUUGGUGCGUCUCAGGAUGACUUGAAUGAAAUGAAAGCUAGAGUUUCUAGUUUUGAUCUUGAACGUUGCAUGAGGAUACUUCCUCAUGAUCAAAAUAGUGGAGCAUUUUUCAUUGCUGUUCUGCGGAAGAUUUCUUCAUUACAUGAUGAUUCAGUCAAACGGAUUGGCCAAUCUACUAGGAAGCGUAAUACACAAAAAGGCACUACCAGUCUGGGACUUGAGAGGGAUGAUCAACUGGUAGCAGAAGCAGCUUCUGGUCUUAAUUCAACCGAUGAAUUAUCAUCUGUGGUGUCAGAAGAAACUGGAUUUAGGUCACAAGGACCAGACCCAUAUUCCAAAGAUGAUGAGGCAGAAAAAGUAGUGGCAUUUGAUAAGAUUGGGGAUGACAGUUCGGAAACUAGGCAAACCAAAGGAGUGCUACAAAUGCAAGGCAAGUGGAGAGGGGUUGACCCUGUUGUGCUUUUCAGGGAUGAAAACACUAUCAACAGUAUCAGAUCUUUUUAUGGUAUCAGUGAUUUGUUUCUGCUCGAUGGUCACCUUGUUACUAGAAAUAUUGAUGCCAACCAUGUGAAGAGAAUCUACUACGUAUCAAAGUCUGUUCAUGACAUUCUAGAACUGAAUUUCAAAGUUGGGGAGAAACUCAAGAUUACUUCGCUUGGUCUGAAGGUUUUUGAGCGGCAAUCAUGUAAGGAUGCCUCAACCACAUGCAUGUUCCGGUUGUCAUCUGAGGGUCUGCCAUUACUUCUUCCAUACAUUGGUAAACAAAUUUUGUGUGCAUCCUUAGCAGAUUUUCGACACCUUUUACAGUAUCGGACGAUAAAAUUUCCUGAUUUUGUCGAUGAUGACUUCCGCGAGAAGGCAUCGAUCCUCAUGUCGGGUUGUUGUGUGAUAGUUCUGAAGCAAGGAAAUGAAAAAACCUAUCAAUAUUCAGCGGAUUCAUCAGCCAUUGCUAUUGUUUGCUGGAAAGGCAAAACCAACCUGAGCAUCAUGGUUUCCCAGUUGGAUUCCCAACAGUUACUUGAUAGGCUUGCAGUGCGUUUUGGAGGCCAAAAAGGUUCACCGCCUGAUCAAAAUAAUUUUGUAUUGGAUGAAAGUAAUAAUUCAAGAUUGGAUAUUACUGAAAAGGAGUUAUCAGAAGCUGGACAUGUGGAAGGUUUUGAAGAAGACUAAGAAGAUAUUUAUGGAGAAAAUACUGGUUGUAAUAACUAAUAGGGAAGAAAAAGGAAGAUUUUGAUCCUUGGGGUAAGGUUAAUGGAUUGAAUUUGGUGGUAUUUGUUGAAGUCUAUGGUUUAGGGUACUAUGGGAUUCAUCAGCUGCUACUGAGGUUUUGUUCUAUUUACAUGAAAUCAAUAAAUUAUUCAUAUUGAUGUUAAGGUUGUUUAGAUGCAUUGAAUUUUGCUUGUGAUACAGCAUGGAACUAACAAUUUAAUAGCAAGUAUGGAUAGUUCUUUGUCA